AUGUUGAGUCGCUAUGGAGAGAUUCGCUGCCAUCUUCUACGCAGUGGAGGCAGAGUAUUUGGCUGUGUUACUGGGGGAGCGGCCGGAGGCGACUCGGGCAAACGCAAUCUGCAUGCGUGUAUUGCUGGAGCCGCAACCUUGGUAGCGAGUGCAGCUGUUAUAAAAGUAUGGAGCCCUGCAAUUUCGCAAUGUGAUCAGGGAAACGGAGAUCUUCCCGUCUUCGGUAGCUCGAGCGAUCCCAUCAUGCUAUCAACGGACAAAGAAGACGGUAUUCUACUGAAGAAUAUUGCCAUUCGCCCUAUACCGUCCCUGAGCAAGCACUCCAGGAACGAAGACGCAAGCUCCGAUUACCGAAAAUCUGUAAGGGCGUUUGACGAAUCAAUGAAACAGUUCUGUAGAGACACAAGCGAUGUGGAUUUACCGCUACCGGAGUUGGAUGGUU